ACAGUUAAUUUUUCACUUGAUAUCUCAUCUCGGGCUCCCCAUAGUUAACGGUUGUCUGUAAGUAAAAGUGAGACUCACGUGCCGUUCAUUAGGGUUGUACCCUGAAAUAAACAUUAUGUCACAUGAUGCAUGUCCGUUAGAGAAACAAACCUAUACCGCAAUACUUAACGUCCCACGCACUUUGACAAAAAUCCUUCCCGCACCCAAAAUUCACCCACUAACAAUAGUGUGCGGUCAGAGUGAGGAAAAAAUUCUCUUUGGUUAAAAAAAAUUUAAACAAUUUCAAUUUGGAACCUUUUCUCUUCAGAUAGUAUCGAACACAUUAAGUUAAAAUGGCUAAUCUUAGAACUCAAAAAAGACUUGCUGCCAGUGUUGUUGGUGUUGGUAAGAGAAAGAUCUGGUUAGAUCCUAAUGAAACCACUGAAAUUGCUAAUGCCAACUCCAGAGCUGCCAUUAGAAAAUUAUACAACAAUGGUACCAUUGUCAAGAAGCCAGACACUGUCCACUCUAGAUCUAGAGCUAGAGCUUUAUUAGAAUCUAAGAGAGCUGGUAGACACAUGGGUUACGGUAAGAGAAAGGGUACCAAGGAUGCUCGUAUGCCAUCUCAAGUUUUAUGGAUGAGAAGAUUAAGAGUCUUAAGAAGAUUAUUAGCUAAAUACAGAGAUGCUGGUAAGAUUGAUAAGCACUUAUACCACUCCUUAUACAAGUCCGCUAAGGGUAACACCUUCAAACACAAGAGAUCUUUAGUCGAACACAUCAUUGCUGCUAAGGCUGAAGCUUUACGUGAAAAGGCUCUUAAGGAAGAAGCUGAAGCUAGAAGAUUAAGAAACAGAGAAGCUCGUGCCAGAAGACAACAAAGAAUUGCCGAAAAGAAAGAUGCUUUAUUUGCUGAAAACUAAAUUCUUUAGUUGACUUAUGAAUAUAUAAUAUCAUAUAAAUUAAUAAUAAAUUCCUUUUGUCAUAUUAGUUAUCUCCCACCACUAGAUUUGUUCCUAUUAUUUA